AAUCAACCAAACCCUGGUUCUGUCACUACUAUAAAUACACAACAUUACGAGAUUUCCUCAAUUCAAGAAUUAGUUUCUUGGAGCACCCAAUAGCACUAUCUACAGUUUCUUGAAUCUUUUUUUCUGAAAAGGGAAAAAAGGGGUACCAAAGAUAAAGAAAUGGGUGCUUUUGCUCUUCCAAAACCAGCAUUUCUUGGAAUUUUUCUCUUCUCAGUUAUCACUUUUUGUCUCCUUAUUGAUCCUGCUCUUGCCAUAACCAGGCACUACAAGUUUGAUAUCAAGUUGCAAAAUGUGACUCGCUUGUGCCAUACCAAGAGUAUUGUUACUGUGAAUGGAAAGUUUCCUGGGCCUCGCAUUGUAGCUAGAGAGGGUGACCAACUUCUUAUAAAAGUUGUGAAUCACGUCCAAAAUAAUAUAUCCCUUCAUUGGCAUGGAAUUAGACAGCUUCGGAGUGGGUGGGCUGAUGGACCAGCAUAUAUAACACAGUGCCCUAUUCAAACUGGCCAAAGUUAUGUUUAUAAUUAUACAAUUAUUGGCCAAAGAGGCACCCUAUGGUGGCAUGCCCAUAUUUCUUGGUUAAGAUCAACUCUUUAUGGUCCUAUUAUCAUUCUCCCAAAGCUUGGUGUUCCUUACCCUUUUGCUAAGCCUUACAAGGAAAUCCCAAUAAUUUUUGGAGAGUGGUUUAAUGCUGAUACUGAAGCAAUAAUUAACCAAGCCUUACAAACAGGUGGAGGCCCAAAUGUCUCUGAUGCCUAUACCAUCAAUGGCCUUCCAGGGCCGUUAUAUAAUUGCUCUGCCCAAGACACAUUUAAACUGAAGGUGAAACCCGGAAAAACUUACAUGCUUCGUCUGAUAAAUGCGGCGCUUAAUGAUGAACUCUUCUUCAGCAUAGCAAAUCAUACACUUACAGUAGUUGAUGUUGAUGCUGUAUAUGUUAAACCUUUUGAAACUGAGAUAUUGCUAAUAGCUCCAGGACAAACCUCCAAUGUUCUUCUUAAGACCAAACCAAAUUUCCCAAAUGCCAAAUUUUUCAUGACUGCUAGACCUUAUGUGACUGGCCUAGGCACUUUUGACAAUUCAACUGUGGCAGCUAUUUUAGAAUAUAAACCAUCACAAACAGCUUCCAUUAAAAAGCUUCCAUUAUAUAAACCAGUUUUGCCUCCUCUGAACGACACUGCGUUUGCCAUUAAUUUCACUCAAAAACUAUUUAGCUUGGCAAGUAAAAAAUACCCUGCCAAUGUGCCUCAGAAAGUUGACAGGCAAUUUUUCUUCACAGUAGGUCUAGGAACUAACCCUUGCCCACAUAACCAAACUUGCCAAGGACCAAAUGGAACCAUGUUUGCUGCUUCAGUUAAUAAUGUAUCUUUUACAAUGCCAAACACAGCUUUAUUACAAUCACAUUUCUUUGGUCAAUCGAAAGGUGUUUAUAAACCAAAUUUUCCGAUUAGUCCAUUAAUCCCAUUUAAUUAUACUGGUAAUCCUCCAAAUAAUACAAUGGUGAGCAAUGGAACGAAGCUAGUUGUUCUUCCUUUUAACACUAGUGUGGAGCUAAUUCUGCAAGACACUAGCAUUCUUGGUGCUGAGAGUCACCCUCUUCAUUUGCAUGGAUUCAAUUUCUUCGUUGUCGGUCAGGGUUUUGGGAAUUUUGAUCCUAAUAAAGACCCUGCAAAGUUCAAUCUCGUUGAUCCUGUUGAAAGAAACACUGUUGGUGUUCCCUCUGGUGGAUGGGUUGCUAUAAGGUUUCUUGCAGAUAAUCCAGGAGUUUGGUUCAUGCAUUGUCAUCUUGAAGUGCAUACAAGUUGGGGUUUGAAGAUGGCUUGGGUUGUCUUAGAUGGAAAGCUUCCCAAUCAAAAGUUGCUUCCUCCACCAGUUGAUCUUCCUAAGUGUUGAUAUUUUUCAGCCAAACAAGAAUAUAAUUCUAACCAGGAAUUGCUCAAGAUUUUCGUUUUCUGAUUGGUUUUUUGCAACCCGAUUUUAUUUGGUCCUUUUUGUCAUUGUUUGUCCAUUUCAAGAAAAUUAUUGUUGAAAAACUAUUUGACUAUCCACAGUGAGUGGGAGAGUGAACAAUUUUUGUAACAUAAUGUGCGAUAUUUAAUAAAAUAAUCAAAACUUUCUUUUA